UAAAGCACGAUAAGCCUCCGCAAGCGGUUUAGGGCGUUAAAGAAGAAACGAAGCCGUAGAAGAGGGCUCUUUCUUGGCCGAGCAAGCUUCUCUCUGUUUUUAUUCUUCAAGAAAGAUGGACCGGUACCAGAGAGUGGAGAAGCCGAGAGCGGAUAAAACAAUUGAUGAGAACGAGAUUCGAAUUACUAGUCAAGGAAGGAUGCGUAGCUAUAUCUCUUAUGCCUUGACUCUGCUUCAAGAAAAAGGUUCGAACGAAAUUGUAUUCAAGGCUAUGGGGAGAGCCAUCAACAAGACAGUGACUAUAGUGGAGUUAAUCAAGAGAAGAAUUGUUGGUCUUCAUCAAAUCACAUCAAUUGGAUCCACGGACAUAACAGAUACUUGGGAACCGCUUGAGGAAGGCCUCCUUCCAUUGGAAACCACAAGGCAUGUUUCAAUGAUUACAAUCAACCUUUCCAAGAAGGAGCUGAAUACAUCUUCUGCUGGGUACCAGCCUCCGUUACCUGCUGAGCAGGUGAAGGCAUUCACAGAGUUUGAGUAUGAGGGAGAUGGCUCACCACGUGGCCGUGGCAGGGGACGAGGAGGCAGAGGAAGGGCAAGGGGUAGAGGGAAUGGGUUUGUGUCUGCUGAGCACGAGGAUGGGGGUUGGGAUCGCAAUCGGGGAUAUCCUAGGGCCAGGGGUCGAGGCAGAGGACGUGGUUUCCGUGGCCGUGGAAGGGGAGGAUUUAACGGACCUCAUACUGAUACCCAGCAAGAUGGCGGUCAUAAUUAUGAAGCACCUCCACAAGGCCGCGGUGGUUAUAAUUAUGAAGCUCCUCCACAAGGCCGCGAUGGUUAUAAUUAUGAAGCACCUCCACAUGGCCGCGGCCGUGGCCGUGGGAGGGGAAAUCGCGGAAGAGGCCGUGGAUUUAGAUCUAAUGGCCCAAUCCCUGCAGCUGCAUAAGAUGCUCAUUUUGGCAUCCUUAGAGUUGAGUGCAGACGUUAAUGUUUAGUGCCUUCUCCAAUAUUAUGUUUAGCAUCUCUCUAUUCCUCUUUCCCAUUAGUUUUUUUUUUUUUUUUAUUGGACUCAAGUAGCAGUAGUGUUAACUUUAGGACAUUCUUGUGUAACCGCCGUAGACCAAUCCUUUCAAGUUUGAACCAUUGCCUCUCGGGGCUACCUUUUUAUGUUGUGGCUGUUGUUGGGGUGCUUGAACUUUUGUAACCGUUUUAAUCUCUACCUAGCAGUGCAUUCUUUUAUUUUUC